UGUGCGCCUGGAUGUGUGACGGGGAGGUCGUGUUUUGCGCCGGAGAGGGAAACGCACCGCAGUGAUAAUCGAGUUUGUGUGGUGACUACGGCCAGCGAGAUUUGUUAAAGGUUUCUGUGGUUGGAACUUUGAGUAAGUGUAAAGGAAGCGUAAAGGAAGCGUGAAGGAAGCGUAAAGGAAGCGUGAAGGAAGCGUAAGAUGCGUGCGCCUUGCCCGUGACCCCCGGAGAAGAGCAGCCGCCCCCAAGUGGCAGCGUAGAGGCGCCCCCAGAGCCACGAUCACGAUGCACCCGCACCCGGACUACUCGGACCUCGAGCACGACUCCCUGGACGUCGCGCGGGACUCGCUGGAGCCAUGCUACGCCUUCCCGAAGGACGACCUCCUGUACGACAGCCUGCAGCCGGUGCCGACGGGGCGCGGCCUCUUGGGCGGCCUCGACGCCGGCUUCCCGCUCGGCGCCAAGAUCCGCUUCAACCCGCUGUCGUUCCACAUGCCCGGCAUCGGCGACGACGACCAGGACUACGAGGAGAUGCUGCACGACCACAGGGCCUUCGAGCCGUCCUGGGGGCGGCCCGACGCCGACGCCGAGCAGAAGUACUCGUGCCGCAGCGAGUACAUCGUGGCCGGGGGCGAGUACCAGACGCCGUCGCCGCCGCCCGCGCCGCCGCCCGCGCCGCCGCCCCUGGUGGACGUCCCGAUGCUGCGGAAGGCGCUGAGGGCGUCGCGGGACGACCUGCGCGAUGAGCGGCCGGCGACGCCGAUCCUCAGCCUCCACAGGCGCGGCGGGAGGAAGGCGCUGGAGGGCGAGGAGGUCAAGGACGAGCUCGCCGACAGCGACUUCGACAGCUUCGAGAGGAAGCGGUCCGUGACGGAGUCGGCCUCGACGGACAGCUUCUACGACACGCCGGAGGGGGACGUGUACGACCCGUCGCUGCCCUACAUCCCGCCCGCCCUCCAGCCGGCGCCCAAGACGGCCCUCAAGUCCGGCUUCAAAACCAGUCGCCUGAGCGUGAACUUCGAGGACGACAUCUACGACCCGUCGCUGCCGCCCAUCCCGCUGCUGGACGACCCGCCCGCGCCCGCCCUCAAGUCCGCGCUCAAGGGCAGCGUGAGCUCCCGCCGCAGCGCCGGCAGCGACUUGAGCGAGAUCACCAGCGUCUCGCCCGGCCUCGACGACUGGCACGAGACCCUGGGCGCCACCUCGAGGAUGGGCUGGGCCAUCAUCCUCUACCACGCCGUCAGGAACAACUUCAAGCCGCGCGCCUUCGCCCGCCUGGCCUUCCAGGGAAGCCGCGAGUUCGUGCGCGCCGUCGCCGACUACAUGACGACCGGCUCGACGCUCCUCAACUUCAAGAAAGGAGACAUCAUCAGGAUCAUCACCACGGAACAGUACGGGGACAAUGGUUGGCUCCAGGGCACGCUGGACGGGCGCUCGGGGCUGUUCCCGAUGGAGUACGUGGUCCCCAUCGGCCGCUCGGAGGCCCGGAGCGCCGCCAAGGAGAGGAGCAAUCACGUGAAGGCGGAGGACGCCAUCGACCCGGGGCUGAUCGAGAACGAGUUGGAGGUCCGCAGCGCCGUCAGCGGGACGACCUCGACGUGGACGCAGCCGCCGCAGCACCUCAGCCACAACCACAACCACAACCACAACCACACGCUGAGCCACGACGAUUCGGGCCACUCCUCUGGCGGCGAGGGCGGCGGCGGCGGCGGCGGGCGGUCGGGUAGCGGGGCGAGCGGCAGCGGCAGCCAGCCCGUGGUGCACGACGGCAAGCACUCGCUCCUGCAGUUCGCCCUCCAGCACUUCCGCCUGUCCAAGGAGCAGGGCAUCGUGCAGUCCGACGGCACGCUGCAGACCGGGAACAACAAGAACAAGAAGAAGAAGACGAGCAAGGACCAGGUCGCUGAGUGGACGUGGAAGGAACAGGUCGAGAUGGUGAAGUUCAGCCAGUCGCCCUUGACCGCGUCGCUGCUGCCCCUCGUGCCGGAGCUGGACAACCUGGCCAUCGAGACCUUUGUGGCCGUGAUGCGCUACAUGGGAGACUACCCCAUGGCCCCCCAGCAGACGGAGGUCCACUGCGUCUACACGAUCCUCAUGAACUGCCACAAGCACCACGCACUCCGGGACGAGGUCUACUGCCAGAUCAUGAAGCAGACCACCACCAACAAGUCCUCCAUCCCGGACUCCUGCCAGCGCGGGUGGAGGCUGUUCUCCAUCGUCGCCGCCUACUUCACCUGCUCCGAGAGCCUCAAACCGUACCUCUUCAAGUAUUUGGAAACCGCGGCGUACGAUAAGCGGAGAGCGUAUCACGGCACAUCGAUGGUUUGCCUGCAAAACCUCCGCAAGACCUUCAAGUACGGAGGUCGCAAGAAUGUGCCGAGCAUCGAGGAAAUCACCGCCAUCACCGCGGGAAGGAACUCCAAGCGGCAGAUCUACAGGCUUCCGGGGGGCACCGAGAGGGUCAUCAACACCAAGAGCACCUCGGUUGUGCAGGACAUUAUCGAAGAGAUGUGCAGCCUCAUAGGAGUACGAAAUCCCAACGAGCAGGAAGAGUACAGUUUGUACUGCAUCGUCGAGGGAGACACGUUCACCAUGCCGCUGGCCAGAGAAGAGUACAUUCUCGACGUCACGACAGAACUCCUGAAGAACCAGCAGGUCUUCUACCUGAUCUUCUGCCGGAGUGUGUGGUACUACCCUCUGCGCUCGGACAAUGCCCUUUAUUACGAGGUCGUGUUCAACCAGAUUGCUCCAGAUUACCUUGAGGGGCUGCUGCUCGUCACGCCCGGGGAACAGCUGCAGCAAGAUGUCAUUUACGACAUCGCCAAAGUGGCCGCCCUCCUGCACCGCGCCGCCGACCUGGAGGACGUCCCCACGAUGAAGGAGGUCAAGUACCUGCUCCCGAAGCCGGCGCUGACGGUGCGGGACGUGAAGCCCCCGCAGUGGGUCAACAUGGUGCAGUCUGCGUGGCCGGAGGUGGCGCCGCUCACCAGCCUGCAGGCCAAGGCGCAGGUUCUCGAAAUCCUGCAAUCGUGGCCGCUGUUCGGGUCGUCCUUCUUCGCCGUGAAGCGCGUGACGGAGCCCAAGGAGCGCUCCGACCACAUCCUGGCCCUCAACAAGCAUGGCGUCCACUUCCUCGAUCUCCUCACGCAUGAGACCCUGAUCAAGUACAGCCUGGCCGAGGUGAUGAGCACGCGCAAGGUGAAGAGCGAGGACGAGCUCUACCUGGACAUGAAGUGCGGCAACCUGAUGCAGCAGCGAAUCACGCGCAUCCAGACGGAGCAGGCGCACGAGAUCUCGCGCCUCAUCCGCCAGUACAUCACCAUCGAGCAGCGGACGACCGGCCACGCGCGAGGCGACAACCCCAAGGACGUGACGCUCUCGAGAUGAGUCCCGGGCGAGGACGAGGGCGAGGGCGAGGGCGAGGGCGGAGGCCGGGGGUACUCUGGCUGAGGCGCAGGGGAUGUGAAGGAAGACAUUUCGAUGGCGGCGAGGCUCGUGGGUGGGCUAAGUACCGGAGAGACUGCUACUUAUAUAUAUAUAUAUAUAUAUAUAUAUAUAUAUAUAUAUAUAUAUAUAUAUAUAUAUAUAUAUAUAUAUAUAUAUAAAGAUCAUAUCAUAUAUCUUAAGUGGAACGAAAAUACUUCUAUAUAAUUGCAAUAAUGAACCCUCAGUCUUACGCACCCAUGUAGAGUCUGUCCUAAACGAGGGGAAGGACCACAUGAAUGCUCAAAGUACACGAUUUUUUUAAUGCCAUGUAAGUAUUGAUUUUAGGCGAGUGUGGGUGCUACAUUGGUGUGAGUGUUAUCACAUCACAUGGUUGUAUUCCCCUUAGUGUCUGGCCGUCCUCUGGCGGCGUUGCCCGUUACAGGGGGGGCGGGGGGGGAGUCGAGGACCUAAACUCCAGUAUUUGACUUUUUUUUAUCGUGGAUGAGAUGAUGAAGAUGAAUAUGAAGAUGAUGAUGGUGAUAAGGAAGUUUUCGUUGUUUUUUUUUAUGUUGUGAAUUGUGAGAUAGACUUUUUUUUAAAUGUGCUGACUUGACCUUCAUUUGGGUUAAAAAAAAAAAGACGUUUAUACGAUUUUAUAGGAUUCUGAUCACGUUUUUGUUUUUUGAGAUGGUUUAUAUCUAGUAUAUGGUAUAUCUGUGUGAGAAGAGAAGUGGCUGAGGUGUGCAUGUCAUAGAGAAUGAUAAAAAAAAGUGUGAAUAGUGUGACUCGGAUAGAAAGUUAAGUACUGAUGCCAUAUAGCCUGUAUGAUAUAAGAUUUUUUUUUCUAUUCCGCAUCAAAGGAUUUUUUCCCCUCUCUCCUGCAUUAAUUUUUAUACCUGUCGUGUAUGUCUUUUCUAAAGAGAUUUUUUUAAAGAUUUUAUAUGGUAUCUAUGAUGUACCAUUGUAAUGCUGACUUUUUUCUCCCAACCAUUUUUUCUGGUUUUAGAAAAAAAUAAAUAAACUUUGCAUAUGUUUAUGGAAAGUGAUGACUCGUGUUUACAGAUGUACGAACAUUUCGCUUGACGAUUUUCACAAAACGGCGAAAAUGAGACAGAGAAUUUGUGCAGGUUUUUGGAGAGAGAAAAUGCAUGUGUAUAUAAAAUAGAAUUUUGAUUAUUUAUUUAUAAGUUGAUAAUGUGCAUGGCUAAAAUUAUAUGCAAAAGACGAUGUCCAUUAUACAGAUCGAAAGAAUGUCAAGAGAAUUUUGAAGGGUUUGAAAAAUGCAUUUAUGCAAUAAUUUUUUUUGUCAGAAAUUUAGCAGCUGUCGUGCACUGCUCAAUGAUGUGAUUAAUGUAUAUGUCUUUGUUAUAUUGUUACAAUAACUUACUAACUAUACUAUAUUUUAUUUUCAUAUGCUUAUUCGGCACUUUGUCUGUAAAGCUUUCUUCUAACAAUAAAUUUGAAUAUUUUGA